AUGUCGUCUCAACAACUUGACGAAUCAGCAGCUCAAAGUGGCUCUACCAGCAACCAGACUGGUCCAGAGUUCAAACAACUCGCGAUAGACGUCUUAGAUGAAACCCAUCAGGAUAUUUUUACGAGUGCAGUUGCACGCAUUCUCAAUACUGAAGUAGCAGAGACUACAUAUGCUCAAAUCAUCGAUGGACUGCCCCUGGGCGAGGUCGCGUUUGAAUCAAGAGGUGGAAUGCCUCACCGUGAUCAUCCUAUCAAUCAUUGCCACGACGAGCUGUGCGCAGGGGUUCUGGACAAGACACGAGAGUUCCGCAGCAGAUUUGACCCUCUUAUACUUAAAUUCGACUCUAGACUUCUGUUCGCAUACCAAGCUGCUUCUCCAGGGUCACGAUCUUUCAAUACACGCCUCAUCGAGAUAAUCGCGAUAGCAGUCCAUCAGAUCGCUGUGAUUCUCUUCAAUCUUGAUGAAGGCCUGCACAAGAACGAUGGCGUCAUUGAAUGGGCACCACCAAAAUCCGACAAGAUUUGGUGGACACACUGCCCAAAUGGGCCUGAACCCACGAUUUUCUUUCAUCAUUGGUAUUUAAGCCACGAUAGGUACCCCAACGGGGUAGCAGAAAUGGUUGGGUAUUGGGCCGAAUCUCGAAUUCUUGGGGGUGUCGUCUUAUUCGACCGGCGCCAGCCAACACCAGGCUUUGACGUGGACCGGGAUGCUAUAUACAUCCAUCCUGAUAGAGAGAACGUAACCUAUAGAAUCUGUCGCUUGACCUCUGAGCAAAAGCUACAGCUCCUCAACUUUCUUACUUCUGAAGACCAAACCCCUAGCCCCCUACCAAUUUUGCCCGACGAGAAAAAUGAUUACCGCAUCGACCCUGAAGAAUCUCCUGAGACAACCGGGAUAUACAGGGAUAUAUGGGAUCGCUCAGAGCUUGGUGAAGAUGUGUAUGAUCAAAGACUGAGGGAUGUGUGGAAUAAACUGGACUAUCUCACUCACAGUGACAAGGGUGACGCUGGAGACCGAGCAUUAGAGAGACGAGGCAGAAUAUCCCAAAGAUAUUGUGAUGGUGAGGCCUGA